AAUCCUCGCGUUCCCGGCCUCCAGAUUUCUUCUGCUUGCUUCUAUCUGCAACAGAGCCCAAGAAUUCAGAUUGUUGCAUAAGCUGAAAACGAUUGUCGCAGGGUCAUGUGGGAUCUGCUUCCUGAUUUGUUACCAAGGUCGCCGGCUCUCCUGAGGCUAAAGCUCUCUGGUGCAGCCCUCACGUGUUGCCCGACGCCGGCACUGGUUCUGUUCCGCCGCUGCCGAACCUCGCCGACUGGGAACUCGCCACCGCCAAACCUCGCCGACUGGGAACUCACCGCCGCCAGAUGUCGUCGACCGCCGCCUCCUACUGAUCUUCUUCCACCUCGCCUCCUGAGUUCUUCCCAGGCGUGAGAAUCUGUUGAGUGAUUAUAUAAUCGAAGUAUCCAUGGAGGAGGAUCAUACUUCUGCUUUUCGGCGAGUGGAUGACUAUGUUUGUGCAAUUUGUGAUGAUGGUGGCCAGUUGCUAAGUUGUGAUGGUAUUUGUGGAAGGUGGUUCCACGCAACCAAACGUACUGGUGCAUAUUCAAAAUGCACAAGUCUUAAGUUGAGUAUAGAGCAACAGGAGGUUCCCAAGUUUCUAUGCAAUAAUUGCAAGUACAAGCACCAUCAGUGCUUUGUUUGUGGACAGUUGGGACCAUCAGACAUGUCAUCAAAAAACAAUUCAAACCAACAAGGGGUCCUUCCUGUCUUUCAGUGCAACAAGGAUGGUUGUAAACGUUUUUACCACCCUGAGUGUCUUUCCCAGUGGGACCUCAAUGAAAAAGUUGAAGAAGUUUUAUGCCCUUUGCAUGAAUGCAUGUCUUGCAAGAAUGAACAAAAGGAAGUAUCAAGGAAACAUGCAACAGAGGGUGGUGAUAUGUCGAAAAUGCAGUUGGUAAUAUGCAGACGCUGCCCCAAAGCAUUUCAUCCAGAAUGCAUGCCAAGGACUGCCCCCACAUGGAACACUGAAGGAGGGAUUUUGAUGUAUUGUAGUGAUCAUAAGAUUGCAAAACGUCUCAGAAGUGCAAAAAGGGACCAUCUUAAAUUUCCAGAAAUCGAAGUUGAAAGUGCUGUGGAAGGACAGAUUGAUCAUGUUCAGAAGGGUAGAGACAAUGGACCUCAAACUCACACGGGCAAACCAGCACCAGAACAGGCUGAAACGUCUCAGCACAGAUCGAUUGAGCAUAAUGCAAGUACUGGUUCCGGUCCCAUGGAGGCCUUUGCAGCUGAGCCUUUGUUCCCAGGGCCACAUCCAAGCAUCUUGCCUUGAUGAUUGAUUACCCAGCGUCUUGGAGUAAGGCAGCUGUCUUAGGUUCUCAUGAUUUCGAAAGAAAGUUAAAACUUUGUGUCGUCUAUGACAGAACAUUAUCUGCAGUCUGUUGGAUCAAUUUGAAUUCUUAUUGUUUUCUUAGAGAGAUGUUGCAUCAUGUGUUGAUGUAGCGAUGGUGGUGCCCGGGGACUGUAAAUCCAUAUGGGUACCGUGUCAUUGAUAUUUCUUACAUUGCCAGAAAUUGACAUUCAUAAGUAUGAAGCGUCAUUGAGACAAUGCAGAUAAUCCCGAGUUGAAGCAA